CGAGAAGCUGUGCAUCAGGGUGCCAUGUCCACCCAGUCCAACCAUUGUCCAACUGUGCCACCGAUCACUAUUAUUGUCCCCACGGCAACAGCUGAGCCCUGUACAUGCAUAGAGGGAGAAUACACCACUGUCAUCGACACCGUCACAGUGGCCCCCGAGGGGAUCUCGAGAACUACAACUACCCCGACCCACAUCGUAACUGCAACUGAAACGUGGGUUCAUCCGACCCCCACAAGUUAUAAUGGAUUGAACUACUACCAAUAUAUUAAUGACUAUGACUACUUCAACAGUCCGAACGGUUUUGGUGGUGGUGAUUAUGACACAGCCAACUGGAACGGUAACUAUAGUUACUCUACAAGUGGGCUCACUCGAAAUAUUGAUUUCGAGUCACCAAACUGGCCUUCUGGGCCCGCGAGGUGUCAAUUACCCGGACAGGAUACUGCUACCGACUGCAGCCAGUGGACUGUUGUCUUCCAAGGAUUUUUGUAUGCUGCUGAAGCUGGAAACUAUACCGUGCAUGCCCCCACUAGCAGCGAGAGCUCCGAGUGGCAAGAUAACUCUGGAUUUUGGUGGGGAGGAGAAAAGGCAUACUCCUCAUACGCCAAUGAGAAUGUUGAUGGAGGCGCCACUGGGAAUGGUAUUCCAGGAACACCGAACUCAUUCAACUAUCCCUUGAUGGCCGGGGAGUUCUUGCCCAUGACGUUUAUUUAUUCGAACGGGGGAGGGCCUGCUGCCAAUCGGAUAAGUAUUACCAGCCCGAAUGGAACAAGAUAUCCAGCGGACUUGGACUUGUUUGUGCCCCCUUGCCCGAAUAGUCCAUUUAUACCUUGAGAUUGCCGCAGGGUAUAGUUCCUGGCGUGUGGCGAUUGCGCCCUCCGUUUUACGCUAUUCGGUGGCUGAAAAGAACCCCGAGCU